AUGCUGAAUCUAAAAGCUCUCUUCUUAGAAAUCUUCACUCCUCUUUACCUCUUCCCCCCUCACCACCACAAAGCUCAAGAAAGCGAUGAGGUCCUUCUUGCUCUCCAUCGCAAUUGUCGGUCUGGUUCACAUCGAUCAAUGGCGGUUCUGGAAGGCGCAGCCGUAUCCACCAUCUCGGUGGGAGAAGAACCACAGGCGGCUGAUUCUCCGGUGUUAAUCGAGGCGGUGAACAAUGUACAGGUGGCAACGAGGCUUCUAGAAGUUGAAUCGGAGAUUUCCGUCAAUUCGGAGACGUGA